ACAUUCCUGUAACAAAUCAUACAUUUUCCGGCGACCUUUCCCUUUUUUGUUAAUAAUAUUUUAUAUUCUUCGUACAGUUUUCGUUAAAAUAAUUCUUUCUAUCCAGUAGUGCACGAUCAACGAUACAAAGCAGAUAUCAUUAUAGCCACGUCGAGCGAAGAUUAUAAUUAUAAGAGGACAAUGGAGAUUACUGAAGAAGAAAGUUGUUCAUCGUAUCCACCUUGUGUUCCUACCAAUAAAACAUCAAGGUCUGAUGAAUGGAUAUGGCAUUACUUUACAAUAUAUAACGGUGAAUUUAUCAAAUGCGAUAUUUGUUUUGAUGUAUUCAACCCCGAUAUAAAACACAGUUUAAAGAUACAUAUGAGAUCACAACAUUUAGCAAUUUAUAAUAACUCAGAAACAAAAUGGACACAUUCUAAAAUAGAUCACAAAUAUAAAUGUAAUUAUUGUGAUAAUACUUAUGAACCAAUAUAUAGAACUGAUUAUUUGAUAAACCACAUAAUAAAUAGUCAUAAACUUAAUAAAGAAAUAGCAAAUAAACUCCAAACCUGGGUGAUUGAUCAAUUCAUUAUUCCGAAAUGCGAAAUUUGCAAACAAUUUAGUAAAUACCAUGCCUUUAUAUUUAUGAUACAUUUAAAGGAAGUUCAUGAUGUCAUUGUACCUCAAGAAUUCAUACCACAGAGAUUAUCAAUUAGAUUAAAAAAUCUUUUUGAUCCUUGUAAAAAUGUUGAAAACAUUCCAACAUCAACCAGCAAUAAUCAUCAGCAGCCAUCUAUAAUUAGAACUUACUUUAAGGAUUAUGAUCCGACUUUUCAUUCUUCCGAUACAUUUGACAAUGACAGAACAUCAAGGUCUCGUGACUCGUGGUCAUGGCAUUACUUUACAACAUAUAACGGCGAAUUUAUCAAAUGCGAUAUUUGUUUUGAUGUAUUCAACCACGAUAUAACACAGGGUUUAAAGAUACAUAUGAGAUCACAACAUUCUGCAAUUUAUAAUAACUCAGAAACAAAAUGGACACAUUCUAAAAUAGAUCACAAAUUUAAAUGUAAUUAUUGUGAUAAUACAUAUGAACCAGCAUAUAGAACUGAUAAUAUGAUAAAACACAUAAAAAAUAGUCAUAAACUUAAUAAAGAAAUAGCAAAUAAACUCCAAACCUGGGUGAUUGAUCAAUUCAUUAUUCCGAAAUGCGAAAUUUGCAAACAAUUUAAUAAAUACCAUGCCUUUAUAUUUAUGAUACAUUUAAAGGAAGUUCAUGAUGUCAUUGUACCUCAAGAAUUCAUACCACAGAGAUUAUCAAUUAGAUUAAAAAAUCUUUUUGAUCCUUGUAAAAAUGUUGAAAACAUUCCAACAUCAACCAGCAAUAAUCAUCAGCAGCCAUCUAUAAUUAGAACUUACUUUAAGGAUUAUGAUCCGACUUUUCAUUCUUCCGAUACAUUUGAAACAUCAAGGUCUGAUGAAUGGAUAUGGCAUUACUUUACAAUAUAUAACGGUGAAUUUAUCAAAUGCGAUAUUUGUUUUAAUGUAUUCAACCACGAUAUAAAACGCAGUUUAAAGAUACAUAUGAAAUCAAAACAUUUAGCAAUUUAUAAUAACUCAGAAACAAAAUGGACACAUUCUGAAAUAGAUCACAAAUAUAAAUGUAAUUAUUGUGAUAAUACUUAUGAACCAAUAUAUAGAACUGAUAGAAUGAUAAACCACAUAAUAAAUAGUCAUAAACUUAAUAAAGAAAUAGCAAAUAAACUCCAAACCUGGGUGAUUGAUCAAUUCAUUAUUCCGAAAUGCGAAAUUUGCAAACAAUUUAGUAAAUACCAUGCCUUUAUAUUUAUGAUACAUUUAAAGGAAGUUCAUGAUGUCAUUGUACCUCAAGAAUUCAUACCACAGAGAUUAUCAAUUAAAUUAAAAAAUCUUUUUGAUCCUUGUAAAAAUGUUGAAAACAUUCCAACAUCAACCAGCAAUAAUCAUCAGCAGCCAUUUAUAAUUAGAACUUACUUUAAGGAUUAUGAUCCGACUUUUCAUUCUUCCGAUACAUUUGAAACAUCAAGGUCUCGUGACUCGUGGUCAUGGCAUUACUUUACAAUAUAUAACGGCGAAUUUAUCAAAUGCGCUAUUUGUUUUGAUGUAUUCAACCACGAUAUAACACAGGGUUUAAAGAUACAUAUGAGAUCACAACAUUCUGCAAUUUAUAAUAACUCAGAAACAAAAUGGACACAUUCUAAAAUAGAUCACAAAUUAAAAUGUAAUUAUUGUGAUAAUACUUAUGAACCAGCAUAUAGAACUGAUAAUAUGAUAAAACACAUAAAAAAUAGUCAUAAACUUAAUAAAGAAAUAGCAAAUAAACUCCAAACCUGGGUGAUUGAUCAAUUCAUUAUUCCGAAAUGCGAAAUUUGCAAACAAUUUAGUAAAUACCAUGCCUUUAUAUUUAUGAUACAUUUAAAGGAAGUUCAUGAUGUCAUUGUACCUCAAGAAUUCAUACCACAGAGAUUAUCAUUUAGAUUAAAAAAUCUUUUUGAUCCUUGUAAAAAUGUUGAAAACAUUCCAACAUCAACCAGCAAUAAUCAUCAGCAGCCAUCUAUACUUAGAACUUACUUUAAGGAUUAUGAUCCGACUUUUCAUUCUUCCGAUACAUUUGAAACAUCAAGGUCUGAUGAAUGGAUAUGGCAUUACUUUACAAUAUAUAACGGUGAAUUUAUCAAAUGCGAUAUUUGUUUUGAUGUAUUCAACCCCGAUAUAAAACACAGUUUAAAGAUACAUAUGAGAUCACAACAUUUAGCAAUUUAUAAUAACUCAGAAACAAAAUGGACACAUUCUAAAAUAGAUCACAAAUAUAAAUGUAAUUAUUGUGAUAAUACUUAUGAACCAAUAUAUAGAACUGAUUAUUUGAUAAACCACAUAAUAAAUAGUCAUAAACUUAAUAAAGAAAUAGCAAAUAAACUCCAAACCUGGGUGAUUGAUCAAUUCAUUAUUCCGAAAUGCGAAAUUUGCAAACAAUUUAGUAAAUACCAUGCCUUUAUAUUUAUGAUACAUUUAAAGAAAGUUCAUGAUGUCAUUGUACCUCAAGAAUUCAUACCACAGAGAUUAUCAAUUAGAUUAAAAAAUCUUUUUGAUCCUUGUAAAAAUGUUGAAAACAUUCCAACAUCAACCAGCAAUAAUCAUCAGCAGCCAUCUAUAAUUAGAACUUACUUUAAGGAUUAUGAUCCGACUUUUCAUUCUUCCGAUACAUUUGACAAUGACAGAACAUCAAGGUCUCGUGACUCGUGGUCAUGGCAUUACUUUACAAUAUAUAACGGCGAAUUUAUCAAAUGCGAUAUUUGUUUUGAUGUAUUCAACCACGAUAUAACACAGGGUUUAAAGAUACAUAUGAGAUCACAACAUUCUGCAAUUUAUAAUAACUCAGAAACAAAAUGGACACAUUCUAAAAUAGAUCACAAAUUAAAAUGCCAUUAUUGUGAUAAUACUUAUGAACCAGUAUAUAGAACUGAUAAUAUGAUAAAACACAUAAAAAAUAGUCAUAAACUUAAUAAAGAAAUAGCAAAUAAACUCCAAACCUGGGUGAUUGAUCAAUUCAUUAUUCCGAAAUGCGAAAUUUGCAAACAAUUUAGUAAAUACCAUGCCUUUAUAUUUAUGAUACAUUUAAAGGAAGUUCAUGAUGUCAUUGUACCUCAAGAAUUCAUACCACAGAGAUUAUCAAUUAGAUUAAAAAAUCUUUUUGAUCCUUGUAAAAAUGUUGAAAACAUUCCAACAUCAACCAGCAAUAAUCAUCAGCAGCCAUCUAUAAUUAGAACUUACUUUAAGGAUUAUGAUCCGACUUUUAUUUCUUCCGAUACAUUUGAAUUAUCACAUACUUCAAGCAAUCUUUUAAGUUCUGGUAACGAUACUGCAACAUCAAGCAGUUUUUAUCAGUCAAUUGUCAGUUGACCUUACUGAUUCUGAGGAAUGUGUCGAUAUGUGUAAUACAGAAGUGGAAAAGUUUUUGGAGUGUGUAAAGAAGAAAGUUAUUCAAUUAUCCCGGUCGUAACUCUAUUAUCAAAUACUUCAAGCAAUCUUUUAAGUUCUGGUAACGAUACUGCCACAUCAAGCAGUUUUUAUCAGUCAAUUGUUAGUACUGACCUUACUGAUU